AAUACAUGUGGCGCACGAAAUCGAGGGUCGAUCGCGAGAGCUGUAGGCAGACAGGCAGAAGACGACAAGCCUUGGCGGAAGCGUCGAGCAAGACGUGAGGACAAGACGCCCAAAUGCCAAGCCUCCACGGACUUCGGAGCACUGAUCUGAUCCGGAUGGACUUGGCCACAUAGAAAUGCGUCGAUUUUGGCCAGGUAGACCGUGUGCAGCGUGUACAACGCAAAGUUGGUUGCCAACCACCAGCUCACCUCGUCAGGUCUCUGUGGUUCUGUACUGGCUUCGUUGAGCUCCAUCUCCAGCGAGAGCUGAGAUCUCCACCUUCCUUUUCCCUCACAUUCGUUCUGUGGACCGUCACACACCCGUAUCUUUAUUUUUUAUACCCACCGUCUACUUAUUUGCGCCCAAGCACAGCACCAUGCUACCUCUCGCGCACCUUUGCCUAUACCUUUCCGCUUUAGAAACCGUGUUUGCUGCGAUAGCGGAGCAAUGGAAAAGCCGUUCCAUCUACCAAAUUAUUGUGGACCGUUACGCGUUACCACAGGGUGCGGAUCUAACAAAGUGUAAUCCCGCAGACCAGACGUGGUGUGGUGGCACCUGGAACACCGUUCGUGAGAACCUGGACUACAUUCAGGACGCUGGGUUCACAGCUAUCUGGAUCAGUCCCGUGUCGCAGAACUACGAAGGCCCGCGCACUGCCUACGGCGAUGCCUACCAUGGUUACUGGAUUGCGGACGCGUCAAAGCUCAACGCCCGCUUCGGGACGGCCGAUGAUCUCAUGGCUCUUUCUAAUGAAGUGCACCGUCGCGGCAUGUACCUGAUGGUGGACGUCGUCGUAAACGAUGUUAUGUCCACGUCUCUCACCCCGGACUUAUCCAAGUACAUGUUCAAGGAGCCGUCGCAAUACCAUCCGUACUGCGUCGUUGAUUGGAACAACAUCACUAGCGAGCAAAAUUGCUGGCUUGGUGACACUAAGGUUCCCCUUCCGGAUCUGAACACCCAGGACCCCACCGUCGUCUCUGGGUUCAGCACGUGGAUUAAGUCGCUUGUUGAGACCUACAAGAUUGACGGCCUUCGCAUUGACGCCGCCAAGCAUGUCGACGCCGAGUUCUGGCCGCAGUUUUGUGGCGCCGCUGGCGUAUACUGCAUCGGUGAAGUCUUUGGGGACGACAUCGACUUCGCUUCUACUUGGCAGGGCCCUCUCGACGCCAUUUUGCAGUACCCUAUGUACAACGCUCUUGUUGAGGCCUUUGCUAUCCCUGGCCCGCAGAACAUGUCUGCUAUGACCGAUAUGAUCGCCCAGUCGAAGCAGAAGUUCAAAGAUACCAGCGUUCUCGGUAAUUUCCUCGAAAACCAGGACUUGCCCCGCUGGCGCAACUUGUCGGUUGAUCCCCAGAGUCUCUGGAACGCCAUGGUCUUCAACUGGAUGUCUGACGGCAUCCCCAUCAUGUACUAUGGUCAAGAACAAGACUUUUCCGGUAAUGCCGACCCGUACAAUCGUGAGCCACUCUGGACUUCAAAUUACACCAAUUCGUCUACGUACCAGUUCGUCACGAAAUUGAACACGCUCCGCAACUUCCUUGUCAACUCCACGGACAACUGGCUUAAUUCCACGACUGAGGUUCUGGCGAGCACGAAUACUGGACUGGCCAUUAUGAAGGGCCCUGUUAUUUCCAUUAUGACCAACAUUGGUUCUCCGCCCCAAAGCGUUUCUUUCCCUGUGUAUACCCCUUACGCGGGAAAUCUCGCCACCACUGAGAUUUUUACUUGCUCGCAGUUCGUUGUUGGUAGCAACGGUACUGUCGAGGUACAGUACUCGAAGGGCGGCGUCCCUACGAUUCUGGUCCCGACCAGUGUUCUGCAGAACUCAGGCAUCUGCGGACACAAUGACGUCGCUUUCCAAGUAACGAAGAGUCAGAUUACCUCGUCAGCUCUCUCCAGCCUGGUGGCACGGCCUAUGUCUAGUGUUAUUCUUUUCGCUCUUUUCAUUUUAGGAUUGUUCAACAGCGGAGUCGGCCUGUGACAGUAGUGUGGUUCAUUUGUGCGGAUCAUUCUUUUCACUCACUCACUUUGUUGCAUUCUUGGGAGUAGCAUAGGCAUGUAAAAUGAUUGAUUGUGUUGUCAGGGAGCGGCGGUUGCAAUAGCAGC